AUGUCGCUGUACACCCCAAUAGACCUCGAGAAGGCUCUGGCCUCUCCGCCGCGCCCUCCAGGUGUAUGUACACUGCAGCUGCUGCAGCUGCGGCUGCGGCUGCAGUCGCUGCUGCACUACCUGGGCUUUAUCAAGCCUGCUGCAGCAGCAGACACACCCAGCAGCAGCAGCAGCAGCAGCAGCAGCAGCAGCAGCGGGGAGGUGUUUAGGAUUCCCUGUGGAAUGGUCAUUUGGGCGGGAGGGGUAGAGCCUGCUCCAGUGGCGACGGAAAUAGCAGCAGCGCUGCAGCAGCAGCAGCUGCUGCAGCAGCAGCAGCAGCAACUGGAGCUGCUGCAGCAGCAGCUGCUGCGUGAAGAGCAGCUCUCCUCCUCGCCCGAACAGGAGCAGCAGCAGCAGCAGCAACAGCAGCAGGACCAGCAGCAGCAGCAGCAGCAGCAGGACCAGCAGCAGCAGCAGCACCAGCAAGACCAGCAGCAGCAGCAGCAGCAGCAGCAGCAGCAGCAGCAGCAGGGGCUGCUGGUGGACGGAGCAUCGACCGCAGCUACAUUCCGCCUGUCCGUACAGCUCAAAACGCAAAAGCAGAAGCAGAAUUUCUCGCCAACAUUUUUAAUUUAUAUUUAUCAAAGGAAAAAGAAAACACAACUGCAGCAGCAGCAGCAGCAGCAGCAGCAGCAGCAGCAGCAGCAGCGGGAGCCCCAGCAGCAGCAGCAGGCGAUUCGGCGGCAGCAGCAGCAGCAGACCCCGCAGGAGGAGGCGCAGCAGCAGCAGCAGCAGGAGGCCGCGAAGCAGCAGCAGCAGCAGGAGCGGCUGCAGCGCGCUAGUGCUGCAGCAGCAGCAGCAGCAGCAGCAGCAGCAGCAAGAGCGGCAGCAGCAGCGGCAGCAGCAGCAGCAACAGCAGUAGAAGCAGCUGCUGCAGCAGAGAAAAGGCUGCAGCGGGGGCUGCGGCUGCAGCAGAAACAGCAGCAGCAGCAGCAGCAGCAGCAACAGCAGCAACUGCAGCAGCAACUGCGCUACAGAAGCAGCAGCAGCAGCAGCAGCAGCAAAUGGAAAGAAGGCUUUAUCAAAUCGGGCCAAAGGAAAGGGGAAUCAAUAAAACCCUAA